AGACUGAAGCCCGACGUCGCCCCGGCGCCUACCUGGGGCAGCUCCGCCAGGACGCGAUCCCUCCGCACGGGUGCCAGAAUGUUCAUCCUGCCUGCGGCCUUGCAGGGCGCCCUGAGAAGGCGCCGAGGCCGGAUCCGCGCCAGCGACCCGGGCGCGUGGAGACCCGACGAUCACCCGCGGCCGGGGUGUCCCGACUACAACUCGGGGCCACGGGUACCCUACGGGAGCCCGCGGUCUUGGAGACGCUACGACCACCGCGGGCCACGGAGAUGAAACAAUCACCCGGGGCCGGGGCGAGCCCACAAUCACCCGGGCCCUGGGCGUCCCGAAGAUGACUCUGGGGCGAGGAGACUCCUCGGCCGCCAAUUGGGGGCGGGGAGUCCCGUCUGGUGGGGGCCGGGGCCGCGCAGACCCUACGAUUACGCGGGGCCGGAUAGUUCCUACAAUAACCCGGGGCCGCGGAGACCCGACGUCAUCUCGGGGCUGAGGCUGCCCUACCAUUACAGAGCUGCCCGGGGGCGCGGAGCGGCCCCGCCACACGGGGUCAGUGUGGGCACAGGCGGCGCUGCCAAGGCCCGCAGGCCGCUGGAGGAGGGGGCGAGGGGCCCAGUCCGGUUACAGGGCCUUGAGUCCCACUCCGCUCGGGCUCCGCCAACGCUGUAACACGAUCCCCGGAAAUUCCUGGAGAAGGGCCGCCCCCCGCCCCUCUCCUGGCCGCUCCAGGCCUCGCUGCCCGCCCUCGCCACCCCCUCCUCUCCACCCCUCUGCGUUGCCCCGCUCAGGCUCCCUCCUCUGACGCUUCACCGGGCACCAGGACCGCCCCCACCCAGGCUGGAGCCUAUCCAGAUAGGGACUCCCCAGGCUGCUGUCCCCUGCACCUCUAUGCCCGGCUGCGCCUUCAUAGGGACCCUUACCCAGCCCAAUUGGUGAUGGGGAAUCGGAGACUGCUGCGCAGCAUCUGGCGAUGCCAGGAACCAGCAGGGAGGGGAAAGGGGGAGAGAAGGGGCCCAAGGAGAGGCGGCGCUUCCCUCCUCAACUCCAGGCCUGGGAGGUGACUCAUAGAGUCUGCCCCCGCUCGCCCUUCUGCCCUGGGAGGUCGGGGGUGGGGGUGAUGGAGGGGAAGCGUGCGAAGUGGGUGCCAGGGUUAGAAUAAGGUGCCCACCGAGGAGAGAGACGUCUGAAGUCUGGCGUCUUUUCCUUCAAGGCUGCUGUGUAGAUUGUGAGGUGGGAGGGCUGAAGAUCAAGCUGCCUCCCUCGAGGGAGGUUAAAGAAGGGCUAAGUGGACCCGGAAACUCCGCUCUUUGGGGUGGUCUCCGCUCUGGGAGGCGGGGACUCCCCUCUGGUAUGGGUGUUCAUUGUUCUGGCCGCAUUGGAAUCUAUCCCCCAGGGACAACUUCUCCUUUGUGCAAAGUCCUGCAGGAUAGAAGAGGGGGCAGUGCACAAUCAAUUUCACCGUCAAAGGGGACAUGUCUGGUUUUAUAAGGGGAGAGGGAAGAAGAAAGGAUCAAGUGGGGAUGGGUUAGGCACACACCUCAGGAGAAGCAAACCUGAGUGUUAAGAAACCUUACUCUGUGUCUGGAGCUGAAUUUGAGGAUGUAAAGAUGACCAGGACACGGAAGGGAAGACUAGUUUAGGGCAGGGGAUGGUGAGUGAAGUUACUAACAGGAAGAACUAGGGAAUCUUGGAGAAAUGUGCGGAAUUUUCAUAGAACUUCAAGUGCAUUAUCAGGAAACACAGUAAAACUGACAGUAUCAGUGUCGCAGGUAAAGAGGGGCAGGUGUGGCCGCUUUGUACUUCCUCUGACACUCUUCCCCUCGUGAGUGGAUUAUUUAUUUAUUUAUUUAUUUAUUUUGAGACAGGGUCUCACUCUGCCACCCAGGCUGGAAUGGCUCACUGCAGCCUCGACCUCCAGGGCUGAAGCGAUCCUCCCACCUCAGCCUCCCAAGGAACUGGGACUACAGGCACGCACCACCACGCCCGGCUAAUUUUUGUAUUCUUUUGUAGAUACGGGGUUUCGCCGUGUUGCCCAGGCUGGUCUGGAACUCCUGGGCUCGAAGCAAUUCGCCCACCUCGGCCUCACAAAGUGCUGGGAUUACAGGCCGUUCCUGCCUCCUGGCAUGGCAAUCCUCUUCCCUGAGACUGGCAGUUGCUCAAGAUGGGAAGCUCCCGGGACCAGACCCGAGCGACAGCCGGCUACGCCGUCCGCUGGCCUGAGCAAAUAAACGCGUGUCUUCAAAAAACUACAAUCCCCAUGGUGGCACGCGCCUGUAGUCCCAGCUACUCGGGUGGCUGAGGCAGGAGAAUGGCGUAAACCCGGGAGGCGGAGCUUGCAGUGAGCCGAGAUCGCGCCACUGCACUCCAGCCUGGGCGACAGAGCAUUCAAAAACAAACAAACAAAAAAAAACUACAACCCCCAUGAAGCUUUAGUGCCUUUGAGGGGAGGAGUGGCGCAUGUUUGUUCACGCACGAAAAAGAAAUUAAACCUAACUACCGUUCCCAGAAGGCGCCACUCUGCAAAUUACCCAAUCAGCUCUAAGUACAAAGCAUCGCGAGUCUUUAGUGAGCUUUGGCGCUAUAAGCCCGUGGGAACGGGCAUUGGAGACCCUUUUCACAAGAUGGCGCCGAAAGCGAAGAAGGAAGCUCCUGCCCCUCCUAAAGCCGAAGCCAAAGCGAAGGCUUUAAAGGCCAAGAAGGCAGUGUUGAAAGGUGUCCACAGCCACAAAAAAAAGAAGAUCCGCACGUCACCCACCUUCCGGCGGCCGAAGACACUGCGACUCCGGAGACAGCCCAAAUAUCCUCGGAAGAGCGCUCCCAGGAGAAACAAGCUUGACCACUAUGCUAUCAUCAAGUUUCCGCUGACCACCGAGUCUGCCAUGAAGAAGAUAGAAGACAACAACACACUUGUGUUCAUUGUGGAUGUUAAAGCCAACAAGCACCAGAUUAAACAGGCUGUGAAGAAGCUCUAUGACAUUGAUGUGGCCAAGGUCAACACCCUGAUUCGGCCUGAUGGAGAGAAGAAGGCAUAUGUUCGAUUGGCUCCUGAUUACGAUGCUUUGGAUGUUGCCAACAAAAUUGGGAUCAUCUAAACUGAGUCCAGCUGCCUAAUUCUGAAUAUAUAUAUAUAUAUAUCUUUUCACCAUAUACAUGCCUUUGUCAAUUUCUGGUUGGGCUGGGAGGCCACACACAGACACUGACAUGACUAGGGCUUGGGCAAGACUCCUGUUCUACUUAUCCUUUUGAAAUAUUCACCCUGCCACUUCACCAUGUGUGAUCACUCCAGAGAUCUUUGUGACUAGAGUUAGUGUCCUAGGAAAACCAGAACUCAGAACUUGCCUCCAUGGUUGAGGGUAACAAGAAGCUGUACAAGAACCCCUUUUAUCCCUGGAAGAGGCUGUGUAUGAAACCAAUGCCCAGGGUUUGAAGGGCGUUAGCAUGCAUUUCAGGGGAGUGUGGAUUGGCUGGCUUUCUGGUAGCAUUUUGUCCUCACACACCCAUCUACUACGUCGAACCGGUCUGUCUGCUUCCCUCACCGCUUGCCCAAUAAAGGACAAGGACUUCA